AUGGCAUACACCUCUGCCUAUCUCACACCCCCUGAUCUCAGCCCCGUAUCACCCAGGAUGGUACCGCCAACAGUCCGGCCUCGGUCUGGCGGCGACUCACGUUGGCAGCCGUACUACCCACGUGCUCGCUCAUUGACACCUACCUCGGGCCUGCGAUCAUCGAGGUCAACAGACAGUAUCCCGUCUACAAGUUCGUCGAACAAAACCUGGCCACAGCCUGCUCCAAAAAGUCGUUACCCCUAUACUGCAUAUGAUCCUGCGUCAUACGCCCACCAGUAUACGUCUCCCCCUGAACGAACUGAGAUCGGCUCUAAAUUCUACAUUACACCCGAUCCCAGCCCACGUCCAGUGCGACACGCGCGCAAGGCCAGCUAUCCCGUUCCUCCGACUAUCGACGAAGAGUUCGUAACACAUCGCUACCGAGCUGCCUUGCCUCCUACUCCCCCGCGCACGACUAGCAGAGCCUCUGCUGGCUCUGAGAAGAGCGCUCCAAUUCCUCCUUGUUCCAUUGAUGCACCUCAUGCGCGUCAAGCGUUUACUAAACAACUUUACGAUACUUUAAUGUCCAUCUACUACUGCUCAAACUCCCCUUCUUCGGCUCCCAAGGUGUAUAUGCCGGUGCCCGGUUCUCUUCCUGUCGACCCCACCACACUGCAGUGGUUUACAACCGAGCUCAUCAGGAGAGCAUCGGUUCCGGGUGGAGUUCUUAAAUUGGCCUUGUCAUAUAUGGUUCGGGCACGCUCCGCCGCAUUGCGUGCGUGCGAAGCUCAAGUCCCAGCUCCUAUUUCGCCGCCCCCUUCUCCUCUUUACCCAUCCCAUAUGGAUUUCAGACGAUCAAGAAGUCCUUGUGGAUCGACCACUCUUCCCGGCCCCGAACUGGCCGAUCCACGCCAGAUGCUCCUAGGCGCACUCGUGCUUGCUCAAAAGUUCUUGAUCGAUGCUGCUUACACGAGUGCGACUUGGGGAAAGCUCAGCGGCUUGUCGGCCUCGAAUGUGGCGGCUGUAGAGCGCACGCUUGGAACAGCCCUCGAUUGGCGCCUUUGGGACCAGAGUCUUUGA